GUCUCUCCUGUGCAGGCGCUGUGUCGCCGGCCUGGCAACAAGCUGAGGAGAUAAAUAACAUCCGCCCUGUCUCCACCACCAGUAUCAGGAGAAAAACUGAUGCCGCUUUUUCUUUUUUAUCUAAAAUGGACAGUUUACAAACAGGAGACCCGCGGUAUCUGAAAAGGAGAGUGAAGGGCUGUACUCUGGAUGUCCACCCGACUGAGAAAGCCCUCGUCGUCCAGUAUGAGGUGGAGGCAACUAUCCUGGGGGAGCUGGGGGAACCCAUGGUUGGAGAACGCAAAGAGUGUCAGAAAAUUAUUCGCCUUAAAAGCUUGAACGCCAGCACGGACACAUCCUCUUUGGCUCGGAAGGUGAUGGAGGAAUGUCGACUGAUUCACCCCUCUAAACUCCGCGAGGUGGAGCAGCUGCUCUUCUAUCUGCAAAAUCGCAAACAUGCAAAUGACAACCAAGAGAGGAAACGCAUCUCACCUCGAGACUUCAAACCGUACGCCGGAGUGGAGCUGGACGAGGAGGCGAGCAUCAACAGCAUCGAUGAGUAUGUGGAGCUGCUGUAUGAGGACAUACAGGAGAAGAUCAGAGGAGCCACACUCAUCUUCCAGCUGGCUCGUAACCCAGACAACCUGGAGGAACUCUUACAAAACGAGACGGCCCUUGGAGCCUUGGCCCGAGUCCUGAGGGAGGACUGGAAGCAAAGCGUGGACCUGGCAACAACCAUCACCUAUAUCUUCUUCUGCUUCUCCAGUUUCUCCCAGUUCCAUGGCCUGGUCACACAUUUCAAGAUUGGGGCCCUGUGUAUGAACAUCAUCGAGCAUGAGCUGAAGAGGUACGACCUCUGGCAAGAUGAGCUGCAGAAGAAGAAGAAGGCCUAUGAGGAAUUCUCUGACAACCAAAAUCUGAAGAAGGAACACGAGAAGUCUUUCAGGAAGUACCAGAGCCUUCUGAUCAAGCAGGAGCAGCUUCUCAGAGUUGCUCUGUGUCUGCUGCUGAACCUGGCUGAAGACACCCGCACAGAGCUGAAGAUGAGGAACAAGAACAUCGUCCACAUGCUGGUGAAGAUCCUGGACCGGGAGGACGAGGAGCUGCUGCUGGUGGUGGUCUCCUUCCUCAAGAAGCUCUCCAUCUUCCUGGAGAACAAGAAUGACAUGGCUGAGACGUUCGCUGUAGAGAAGUUGGCCCGGCUGAUUCCCUCCGAGCACGAGGAGCUCCUGAGCACCACCUUACGCCUCCUGCUCAACCUCUCCUUCGACACGUCUCUGCGCAGCCAGAUGGUCCAGGCCGGACUCGUUCCCAAACUCUCCUCCCUUCUCGCUGACGAGGGCCAGAGACAGCUCAGCAUGUGCAUUCUGUACCACAUCAGCAUGGACGACAGAUUCAAGUCCAUGUUUGCUGACACAGACUGCAUACCGCAGCUGAUGAAGAUGGUGUUUGACUGUGGAGAGGAGAAGAUGGAGGCUGAGCUCAUCUCACUCUGCAUCAACCUGGCUGCGAACAAGAGCAACGCCCAGGUCAUCUGUGAAGGUAACGGUCUGAAGAUGCUGAUGAAGCGUGCUGUGAAAAUGAAGGAUGUUCUGGUGAUGAAGAUGAUCAGGAACCUUUCUCAGCACAAUGGACCCACUAAGAGCCUCUUCCUGGAUCAUGUUGGAGACCUGGCAGCUCAGAUCAGCGAGGAGGAGGCCGAGGAGUUUGUGAUCGAGUGUCUGGGCACGCUGGCCAAUCUGACCAUCGCUGACCUGGACUGGGCGCUGGUGCUCAAGGAGUACAACCUGGUGCCCUUCCUAAAAGACCGACUCAAACCAGGUUCUGCCGAGGAUGACCUCAUCCUGGAGGUGGUGAUCAUGAUCGGCACCGUGUCCAUGGAUGACUCGUGUGCGGCCAUGCUGGCCAAGUCUGGCAUCAUUCCCGCUCUCAUCGAGCUGCUCAAUGCCCAGCAGGAAGAUGAUGAGUUUGUGUGUCAGAUUGUCUACGUCUUCUACCAGAUGGUUUUCCACAAAGCUACAAGAGACGUCAUCAUCAAAGACACGCAGGCUCCUGCUUACCUCAUCGACCUGAUGCAUGAUAACAACGCAGAGAUCCGCAAAGUCUGUGACAACACGCUGGACAUCAUCGCUGAAUAUGACGAGGAGUGGGGCAAGAAGAUCCAGACAGAGAAGUUCCGCUGGUACAACGGUCAGUGGUUGGAGAUGGUGGAGAACCGUCAGAUGGACGAGGCAGGAGAACCCUUCCUGUACGGGGACGACGGAGAAUCCUUUGUCGGGAACGGAGACAUCCUGGAGAGACCUGACCUGUUCUACAGUGCAGUGUUCUGUGCAGAUGGGAUCAUCGGAGCCGACGGUGCCAUCAGUCCUGAGUUCUACACCGACUUCCAGAACGGAGAGCUGGGACAGACCGGAUACCUGAGCAGUGUGUCGGACCAGAUCUCAGCAGAUCGACCCAUCAGCGCCUACGGCUUCCGUCCUGACGAACAGUUCUUCUACAACUACACCACCUCCACCCGGUAAACCUGGAACCUCUUACACGCUGUCUCACCCUAAAAGCUGUGUCCAGAUUGUGAAGGAAAAUUAUGAACAUGUGUACAUUUUAUUUAUGCAUUUCUCUCUGUGGGUUUCACGCCGUCUCUGGAAGGAACUGUCAUCUGAACCAUCAGUUAAUCGACUCAAACAAUCUGAAUUUUCUAGAAUAAAGUGUCACGUUGAUGUUAAAGCACAAAAAAAUCUGUCUUACUUGGUGCAGUGUCGAGCCAGUGUAGCCGGCCAGCGCGAACAGCUGCUGAAAUGUGAUACAAUGGGCAAUCGUCCACGCUAAAGUACGUCCACUAAAAAGGUCUGUCUCUGUAGGAAUCCUGUCCGGAAUGUUGUCGGACACUUGCUCACUGGAUUACAUUGCUGGCCUGGUGCACUGUUCCUGCUCAGUGCUGCACUGAGUCCAAAGAUUUUUGUCCCCAUCAAUCAUUUAGAAUGAGCUCCAGAAACACCAGACUUCUCCUUUAAGAUUGAAAGUGCAAUUUAUGAAACCAGACGUAGAUGUAGUCCUGCAAACUUUAAACCUUUCACACCAUCAGUCUUAGAUUUCAUUUUAGCUUCAUUCAGAACAAUUUGUAAAUAAUAUUGUGAUGUUGACUUUCCUGUGUAACUAAGCUUAAUAUGCUGCUGAUGCAGCUUUUGGUUGAACACUGAGCUGCACUCUGAUAUUUCUGAUUCUAAUUCUACACAACUGAAUGCUUCUUUGUUACCACAGUCUGCCUGAUGUGAUGACUCACAAACAUUAUUUUAGGCAAAAGAAAAACAGCCAAAAGUGUCUGUUUGGAAAAAUAAGUUUGGUGUUUUUCUCUGUUUUUUCUUAUUGUCAGCAAAUCUCAGAGCCAAACCGACAAUGUGCAACAAACUGCCUUCUUUUCUCUGUCUGUGGCUGCAGUGGUCGUUGGUUUCUGACUUUUUGUUGUUGGUGACCUCUAAUCGCAGGUCAUUGUCUGCAGACAGACUCACAUCCUCUCAGACUUUUUAGAGGUUUGAACAGAUUAUUAAAUUAUCUAGUGUCUCAAAAAUAAGAGAAAAAAAAACUUCUUAUCCCUUUAAUCAUCUUCUGAUCUCUCAGAUUUAUCUUGGGAACCCUGCAGGGGGUCGCUGACCUCAGACUGGGAACUACUGAAUUAUGUUUGCAGAAGAUAAAUAUGUGAACUGUAACUUGGCACUAAUUAUUCCACAAAAACUGUAGACACCAUGUUCCAGUGUUACACUAUGGAUUUGAUUUAUGCCAGUGAACUGAUAGUGUAACCUGAAGAGUCUUAGGCAGGUCAGCUGAAUGUGUACAAGUCAGUAUGUGUGAGGAAAAGUUUUUAUUCAACAGAACUUCGUCUUAAAGGAAACGAAUCUGGAAACUUCUUAUUAACAGUUUGCUCUUUCCAGGACACUCAGUAGGAAAUAAUUAGAAAAUACUAGAUCAUAAAAUAAAAAGUGACACCUCUUUACACACUGUCUCUCUGAAAACACUGUAUCUUUAUUUAUUUGAAUGUAAUUUAAGUCAAAAGCCUUCAUUGUAUUAUCUUGAAAAAUGCUUUUUAAAUAUGAACAAGAAUCUGCUGCGUUUAUUUUAUUCUUUAUCUUUGUGCCUGGAGCGCUGCCGUCCUGCUGAAAUAUGAAACACUCUUCUUCUGUGGUGCAAUAUAUCAGAUAAAUAGAGGGAAUAUUAUUGUAGUCAAACUGUAUUUAGUGUUUAAUCUGUCACAGAUGUAGGAUUACUGACAGGUUUUUCAUUUCUCAGUACAGUGUGACUGUGGUUGGUUAAAAACUGUUGUGGACCAUAAAUAAAUAAUCAAAGCAU